AUGGCGGCCGGCGGCGGCGGAGGCAGCAGUAAGGCCUCCUCCUCGUCGGCCUCUUCGGCAGGGGCUCUGGAGUCCUCGUUGGAUCGAAAAUUCCAGUCGGUAACCAACACCAUGGAAUCUAUUCAAGGCCUGUCGUCUUGGUGUAUAGAGAACAAGAAACACCACACUACUAUCGUCUACCAUUGGAUGAAGUGGCUCCGGAGAUCUGCCUAUCCCCACCGUUUGAAUCUCUUCUACCUUGCUAAUGAUGUCAUCCAGAACUGCAAAAGGAAAAACGCAAUCAUUUUCCGUGAAUCAUUUGCUGAUGUCCUUCCUGAAGCAGCUGCUCUAGUGAAGGAUCCAUCUGUCUCUAAGUCUAUAGAACGAAUCUUCAAAAUCUGGGAAGAUAGAAAUGUGUACCCAGAAGAAAUGAUAAUGGCACUGAGAGAAGCUUUGAGUACCACUUUCAAAACUCAGAAGCAGCUGAAAGAAAAUCUGAACAAACAACCGAAUAAGCAGUGGAAGAAAUCACAAACAUCCACGAAUCCAAAAGCUGCUCUCAAGUCUAAGAUAGUUGCCGAAUUUCGAUCCCAGGCCCUCAUUGAAGAGCUGUUACUGUACAAGCGCUCAGAGGAUCAGAUAGAGUUGAAGGAAAAACAGCUGUCGACUAUGAGGGUGGAUGUGUGCAGCACAGAAACUCUCAAGUGUUUAAAAGAUAAGACAGGGGGAAAGAAGUUCUCCAAAGAAUUUGAAGAGGCAAGUUCCAAGCUCGAGGAAUUUGUGAAUGGUCUAGAUAAGCAGGUGAAAAAUGGGCCCUCACUAACAGAAGCACUGGAAAAUGCUGGAAUUUUCUAUGAAGCACAGUACAAAGAAGUAAAAGUGGUGGCCAAUGCAUACAAAACCUUUGCUAAUCGAGUGAACAAUUUAAAGAAGAAGCUGGAUCAAUUGAAGUCAACCCUUCCUGAUCCUGAAGAAUCACCAGUCCCUUCCCCAAGCAUGGAUGCUCCUUCUCCAACUGGUUCCGAGUCUCCUUUUCAGGGAAUGGGAGGUGAGGAAUCCCAGUCACCAGCCAUGGAGAGUGAGAAGUCUGCCACACCUGAGCCUGUGACAGAUAAUCGUGAUGUGGAAGACAUGGAACUCUCAGAUGUGGAAGAUGAUGGGUCAAAAAUCAUUGUAGAGGACAGGAAGGAAAAACCUGCGGAGAAGUCCGCUGCUUCCACUUCUGUACCCACAAAGCCAACAGAAAGUAUCUCCAAGGCCUCUUCGUGUACCCCAGUGCCUGUGACCAUGACAGCAACGCCCCCUCUUCCAAAGCCUGUGAAUACUUCUCUGCUGUCCCCUUCUCCAGCACUGGCUUUGCCAAACCUGGCUAAUGUGGAUCUGGCAAAGAUCAGUUCCAUCCUUAGUAGCCUGACAUCAGUCAUGAAAAAUACUGGGGUCAGUCCUGCAUCAAGACCUUCUCCAGGAACUCCUACAAGUCCCAGCAACCUCAGCACUGGCCUGAAAACACCUGCACCUGCCCCGACAACAUCUCACAAUCCUCUGGCAAAUAUCCUCUCAAAGGUGGAGAUCACCCCAGAGAGCAUUCUGUCUGCUCUUUCCAAAACCCAGACACAGUCAGCCCCUGCACUGCAAGGCCUGUCAUCUUUACUUCAGAGUGUUACUGGGAACCCAGUCCCAGCCAGCGAAGCUGCAUCCCAGAGCACUUCAGCUUCCCCUGCAAACACCACAGUCUCUAGCAUCAAAGGAAGAAAUCUGUCCUCCAGUACCCAAUCCUUUAUUCCUAAAAGCUUCAACUAUUCUCCUAAUUCAUCAACUUCUGAAGUCUCUUCGACAUCAGCUAGCAAGGCCUCAAUUGGGCAAAGCCCAGGGCUCCCAAGCACUACUUUUAAGCUACCAUCCAACUCUAUGGGGUUUACAGGAACCCACAGUACUAGCCCUGCUGCCCCACCUACUGAAGUUGCCAUGUGCCAAUCUUCAGAGAUCUCCAAGCCAAAGCUGGAGUCUGAGUCCACCUCUCCAAGCCUGGAAAUGAAGAUCCACAACUUCUUAAAAGGUAAUCCUGGUUUCAGUGGCUUAAACUUAAACAUCCCAAUCCUGAGCAGCUUGGGGUCCAGUGCCCCAGCAGAAAGCCACCCCUCAGACUUCCAGCGUGGCCCUACUAGCACGUCAAUUGACAACAUUGACGGAACCCCUGUGCGGGACGAACGGAGUGGGACGCCCACCCAGGAUGAGAUGAUGGACAAGCCCACAUCCAGCAGUGUAGACACCAUGUCCCUGCUUUCUAAGAUCAUUAGCCCUGGUUCCUCAACACCCAGCAGUACAAGAUCACCACCCCCUGGGAGAGAGGAAAGCUACCCCCGGGAACUCUCCAAUUCUGUAUCUACAUAUCGACCUUUUGGCCUGGGCAGUGAAUCACCCUAUAAACAGCCUUCGGAUGGAAUGGAGAGGCCAUCUUCCCUGAUGGACUCUUCACAGGAGAAGUUCUAUCCAGAUACUUCUUUCCAGGAAGAUGAGGAUUACCGAGAUUUUGAAUACUCAGGGCCUCCACCCUCUGCCAUGAUGAACCUAGAGAAGAAGCCGGCCAAGUCUAUCCUGAAGUCAAGCAAGCUCUCUGAUACCACCGAAUACCAGCCAAUCCUCUCCAGUUAUAGCCACAGGGCCCAAGAAUUCGGGGUAAAGUCUGCCUUCCCUCCAUCUGUAAGGGCUCUCCUGGACUCUAGUGAGAAUUGUGACCGUCUCUCCUCUUCCCCCGGGCUAUUUGGUGCCUUCAGCAUAAGAGGGAGUGAACCGGGGUCUGACCGGUCACCGUCACCGAGUAAGAAUGAUUCAUUUUUCACCCCUGACUCCAACCACAAUAGCUUGUCUCAGUCUACCACUGGGCAUCUCGGUUUGCCGCAGAAGCAGUACCCAGAGCCUCCUCACCCAGUCCCACAUCGUUCCCUUUUCUCUCCGCAGAAUACCCUUGCCGCUCCCACGGGCCACCCACCCACACCAGGCGUGGAGAAAGUCCUGGCCCCCACCAUUUCCACCACGUCGACGAUUGAGUUUAAGAAUAUGCUUAAAAAUGCCUCGCGAAAGCCCUCGGAUGAUAAGCAUUUUGGCCAGGCCCCCAGCAAGGGCACUUCAAGUGAUGGUGUCGGCCUGUCAAACCUCGCCCAGCCCAGCUUGACAGCCACCGAUCAGCAGCAGCAAGAAGAGCACUACCGCAUAGAAACCCGAGUCUCCUCCUCCUGCUUAGACUUGCCUGACAGCACCGAAGAGAAGGGGGCCCCUAUAGAAACCUUGGGUUAUCAUAACGCAUCCAAUAGGAGGAUGUCAGGGGAGCCGAUACAGACCGUAGAGUCCGUCCGAGUUCCUGGGAAGGGAAAUAGAGGACACGGGCGCGAGGCUUCAAGGGUGGGUUGGUUUGAUCUGAGCACCUCAGGCAGCUCCUUUGACAAUGGCCCCACAAGUGCCUCUGAGUUGGCAUCCCUUGGGGGUGGGGGCAGCGGAGGCCUCACUGGCUUUAAAGCAGCACCAUACAAGGAACGGGCAUCCCAAUUUCAGGAAAGUGUCGGCAGCUUCCGUUCCAACAGUUUCAACUCAACAUUUGAGCAUCAUCUCCCCCCAUCCCCCUUGGAACAUGGGACACCCUUCCAGAGAGAGCCAGUGGGGCCGUCAUCUGCCCCACCUGCCCCUCCUAAGGAUCAUGGGGGUAUCUUCUCUCGAGAUGCACCCACUCAUCUACCCACAGUGGAUCUUUCGAACCCCUUCACAAAGGAGGCGGCCCUGGCCCAUGCUGCCCCACCCCCUCCUCCUGGAGAGCACAGCGGAGUUCCUUUCCCCACCCCACCCCCUCCUCCACCCCCUGGGGAACAUAGCAGCAGUGGUGGGAGUGGUGUUCCCUUUUCUACUCCACCUCCUCCUCCACCCCCUGUUGACCACUCUGGGGUUGUACCCUUCCCAGCUCCACCACUGGCAGAGCACGGAGUGGCGGGAGCUGUGGCAGUAUUUCCCAAGGACCAUAGUUCCCUUCUUCAAGGGACCCUGGCUGAGCAUUUUGGGGUGCUCCCAGGACCCAGGGACCAUGGGGGCCCCACCCAACGGGACCUCAACGGCCCUGGCCUUAGCCGUGUACGAGAGAGCCUCAGCCUACCCUCCCAUUCUCUGGAGCAUCUGGGCCCAGCCCAUGGAGGAGGAGGUGGGGGAGGCAGCAACAGCAGCAGUGGCCCCCACUUGGGUCCCUCACACAGAGACGCCAUCAACCGGAGUGGUAUGAUUUUGCGGAAUCCCCGGCCAGACUUUCGGCCUAGGGAACCUUUUCUCAGCAGAGACCCAUUCCACAGUCUAAAGAGACCCAGGCCACCUUUUGCUAGGGGCCCUCCGUUCUUUGCACCAAAACGCCCAUUCUUCCCUCCCAGGUACUGA